GUUCCCCCUCCUGCCCGGCUACUCGUCCGCCAUGUCGCAGGGUCAAAACUUCCUCCCCAAGUUCCUGUUCGUCUCCAACCUGCUGAAAGCCGUGAAGAUCCGUCAGCGAGUGCCCAAUGACGUGGUGAAGCCUGCCGCCAGCGGUGACCUCAUGCACCACCUGCGGGGAAUGCACCGCCACACGCUGGAGAUGAUCGCCAUGAACCACUUCCCCCAGGCCUUCAGGGAGGUAGUGCAGGCCGCCAUCCUGGACCGAGGGAUGCAGGCCUCGUUGGAACAGGAGAAGAAGCUCAACUGGUGUCGGGAGUUGAAGAAGAUGGUGCCACUUCGCACCAAUGGAGAUGGGAACUGUCUGCUUCAUGCUGCGUCUCAGUACAUGCUUGGUGUUCAGGACACAGACCUGGUGCUCCGGAAAGCUCUCCACAAGGUUCUGAAAGAGACGGACACUACUGUUUUUAAAGCUCGCUUCCAGGCGGAGCUGCUGCAGUCCCAGGAGUUCACGCAGACCGGACUCCGAUACACCACCAUGAACUGGGAGGAGGAGUGGGAUAAAAUUGUAAAGAUGGCAUCGCCGGUCUCUAGUAGCAAUGGCCUCCAGUUUGACUCCCUGGAGGAUAUUCACAUCUUCAUCCUCUCCAACAUUCUCCGCAGGCCCAUCAUCGUCAUUGCAGACCAGGUGGUCAGAAGUAUGAAAUCUGGCUCCUCCAUCUCUCCUCUUAAUGUGGGUGGGAUUUAUCUGCCUUUACAAUGGAAGCCCGCAGAUUGCUAUAAAUACCCAAUAGUGCUUGGCUACGACUCCCAGCAUUUCGCACCCCUCAUCACCGUCAAAGACAGUGGUCCAGAGAUCCGAGCAGUUCCACUGAUUAACCCAAAACGAGUUGGCUUCGAGGAGCUGAAGGUGCACUUCUUAAUGGAGAAGGAGCACCCUCAGAAAGAGAGACUUCUUAAUGACUACCUGCACAUUAUAGAGAUCCCCGUCAUAGGCUUGGGCCACGACACCACAUGGAUCAUGAAAGCUGCACGACUGGAUGAGGGCAACCUGCCUGAAGACAUGAACCUGAUGGAAGACUACCUACAGCUUGUCAACCAUGAGUAUCAGCGCUGGCAGGAGGACAAGGAGCAAGCCUGGGCCGCCCAGCCGCAGCGACCGCCACCGUUCUCUGUGUCUCAACUCUCCCUCAUUGAGAUCCGUUGUGCCACGCCCCGAUGCACCUUCUAUGUCUCCGUGGACACGCAGCCUCAUUGCCACGAAUGCUUUGAGAAGCGACAGGCCACCACCGGAGGAGGCGCAAGGAUAGAAGGGGUGGUUCAGACCAAGGGAGCAAGUGUACAGGGAGGUUUGGGAGUGGUGGGAGGCUCAGAGGCUGAGGUGAGCUCCAGAGGGACUCGAAGCAGUAGCCCACCCUGCUCUUCCACUGGUAGAGGGGUGGUCUUGUCCAGUCCCCGCUCGGCCCCACCCACUGCUCCCAGCCUCAGUCUUUACAGUGAAACUCAUGCCAUGAAGUGCAAAACACCGGGCUGCCUCUUUACCCUCAGUGUGGAGCAUGAUGGACUUUGUGAGCGCUGCUUCAACUCCAGGCAGAAUCACGGACCCCCUGUAGCUGGAACAGUUACUACAGGGCUCCCUGGCCCCAACGGGGCACCUACUGUUCCCCACCCAGCUCCAGGCUCUGGCUGGACCCAGUGGGCGGGCUGCGAGACAGAGACUGAGCGAUGCAGCAUGUGCAGACAGGAGGCGUUCAGGAUAUUCAAUGGCCUGUGUCCUCCAUGCAUGCAGAGACAACAGGCUCCAGAGAGGAGUGAGCCACAGCAGAGCAACCCCAGGACUGAGGGUUCUGCUUGGAGCCAGGCCAGAGACACUGAACAGCCAUGCCUCACGCUAACCCCAGGACACACGUCGGCCUGGCAGGCCCCUCUGGCCCGGCCAUGUAAAAGAUCUGGCUGCCAAUUUUUUGGGACACCAGAGAAACUGGGUUUCUGCACUAUUUGCUAUGUAGACUAUCAGACCAACCACCACCUGACUCCUCCUCCUGCCCCAGUCCAGAGCAGGCAUGGUUUGGAGGCAGGCUUCCAGAAUGCCACACGGUGUCGUGGAUCUGGAUGUGGCUCAGCUGGCAAGGCAAUGCUGGAGGGCUAUUGUGAUAAGUGCUACGUCAAAGAGCAGAGUUCACGUCUCAACCAAGUGGCACAUAGGACCCCUUACUCCCCCCCUUUGCGUGACCGAGCAGCUAAACCCAGAUCUUCGCAACAAUCCCAGACCCAGACUCAGUGCCGGCGAAGUGGCUGCAGUAAUGUGUCCCCGGGUUGCACAGACCUCUGCCCGGAGUGCCACACGCGCGGCCAGGGACGAGAAGCAGGCAGGCGGGCGCAGGCGCCCAAAGAAAAGUCUAAGCAGAGGUGCCGGACACAAGGCUGCGACCACUAUGCCAACCAGGAGAAACAGGGCUACUGCAACGAGUGUGACCACUUCAAACAGAUCUAUCGUGGCUGAUCACAUUCGGCGCACGGCGUCGAUGACGACCCAUCGGUAGCUCGUUAGAGCCACUGCCCUGCAGCGGGCUCCCCAUGCCAGUCAAUGCACCUCUGAUACUAACUAACUAAGUAGCUAGUGACUAACUAGCAACCUUAUGGCCUGAAAAUCAA